AUGGCACUGGACAUAUGGCAGUACGAAGAAGGAACGUGGCCAGGACUGAUCUUUAUCUUCGAUUUGCAAGGAAUAGCAAUGGGCUUACUGUCCAAAUUGGAUAUACGGAAUAUACAACAGUUCGUAGCUUAUUUCUCUGAUUCGUUAUUGGCCAAAUUCAAUGGUCUGCACUUCAUAAAUACGCCCUCGUUCAUGGGACGCUUGAACGCACUCACAAAAGCUUUCGACAAAAAUGAGUUUAUGCAGAAAGUUAUCGUCCAUCAAAACGGUAGCAACACAUUAGAGCAGAUUAUUGAUAUUGACAUCUUGCCUAAGGAAGCUGGCGGCAAGUUUAAGAGCUUGGUAGAGUGUCAACAGGAAACAUUAGAAAAAAUACGAACUAACGAAGAUUAUUUCGAAGAGGAGAACAAGAAGAGGAUCGUUGAAGCACUAAGACCUGGAAAACCGAAAACCAUAGCCGAUUUCUUUGAUAGCGUUGAGGGAUCCUUCAAGAAACUGGAAAUCGAUUAG